GUCUCCUACACUGCUCUAGACUCUUACGUCCGGGAACAUCAUUACUGUCCGGCGUCAGUUUCACGGAAAACCCCUGUCUUUUUAUGAGAUACAGAAUGUCUACCUCUAAAAUUUUACUUUGGUGUGCUAUAAUUUCGAUAAACGCUUCAUACAUUGCCUUAUCACUGGACCUGCAGCCGGACAUGCCCAAUGUGUGUGAGGAGCAGGAGAUGCAGGUGUUUGGAGGUAAGCAGCCGUGCGUGCAGGCCUUCGUGCGCACGGUGAAGGUGUGGAAACAGGGCUGCUCACCCCAGCGCUGGUGCCUGGGCUACGAGAGGAGGACAGUUUAUUAUACAGCCUACAGGCAGGUAUACAGCAGGGUGCUGCAGACUGUUUACAAAUGCUGUGCAGGAUGGACACGCAGAGGCGAGGAAAGGGGCUGCUUACACAGAUUGUGCUCCUCGGAAACCUGUUUUAACAGGGGCAGGUGUGCAGACUCAGGGGAUCAGGUGUGUGUGUGUCCUGCCGGGUUCCAGGGAACACGGUGCCAGUAUGAUGUGAACGAAUGUGAGAAGUCUAAUGGUGGUUGUGAGGCUGUGUGCUGUAACACUAUCGGGAGCUUCUACUGCAAGUGUCCUGAGGGCAGCGCUUUGGAAGAUGACGGCAAGGCGUGUCAUGACAUAGAUGAGUGCAUUGAGAUGAAUGGAGGCUGUCAGCAGAAGUGUGUGAACACUCCUGGGUCGUACCACUGUGAGUGCAGUGAGGGGUUUCGCAUGCACGCUGAUGCACGCACCUGCAUAGCUCUGAAGUCUUGUUCGGUAAUGAAUGGAGGUUGUGAGCACAUGUGUGUGGAUUUGGGGAACGACCACUAUAAAUGUCAGUGUCGCCGUGACUACCAGCUCAAGAGUGACGGCAGGCACUGCGAGUUGAAGGAUUUGUGUUUGGAGGAUAAUGGGGGAUGUGCUCAGCUGUGCGUCCAUGAGAAUGGAGUCAGAGAAUGUAGCUGCAAACCUGGAUACACACUGGCCAUAGACCACAAGAACUGUGAUGAUGUUGAUGAGUGUGUGUAUGACGAGGCCAGGUGUGCGCAUCGUUGCGUGAACAUGCCAGGAUCCUUCAGGUGUGUGUGCAACCCUGGCUUCGAGCUGGGCUCGGAUGGGAAAAGGUGCUACCGUAUUGAGAUGGAGAUCGUGAACAGCUGUGACAAAGACAAUGGCGGUUGCUCCCACCGGUGUGAACACAGCACCGGCGGGCCCCUCUGCUCCUGUAGCCAUGGCUACCGUCUCGCUGACGACCUGAGGACGUGCGUAGACAGUGACGAGUGCGAAGGCGAAGGGUCAUGCUGUCACCACUACUGCAAGAACUACCCAGGAGGGUACGAGUGUAGCUGUAACCCGGGAUACACACUCAACCCAGAUGGCUGCGCAUGCGAUGACAUCAACGAGUGUAUGUCGGAGACGUCGUGGUGCAAUCACUACUGCGUGAACAUGCCCGGGUCCUUCGAGUGCUUCUGCAGAGAGGGCUUCCGGCUGGAACACGACCAGCAAACCUGCGUCCCUCUCUAUGACGGCGACCUUGAUGGAGAAGAGGAAGGUGAAACUGAGGGUGAGGAAGAGGAGCUGGAGGUUCUUCGUCUUCCAGACCUGCUCUUCCGCCAGGCUCCCCAGCUCCUCCAGUACACCGCUGCCCUGAACUCACCUUAUGGCGACGGACACACACCUUACGAAGGACACACACCUUACGAAGGACACACACCCUACGAAGGACACACACACGGGCGAAAGCAGAGGGAGGAACUCACUGUGAUCAAGAAGAUUAUGUGUGUGGCAGGAUCGUUCGGUGAUGACUGCAGGGUGAGCUGCGCAGACUGUGCUAACGGCGCUGUCUGUGGGGGGGGCAGAGACUCCUGCAUCUGCCCACCAGGCUGGACCGGCGUCACCUGCAACCGGACGUGCGCGGAGGGGACGUUUGGUGAAGGGUGUAACGGAGUGUGCGCGUGUCAGAACGGCGGAAGCUGUGAUGCUGUAAUGGGGAAAUGUGUCUGCCCUCCAGGAGUCCAUGGCCUGCACUGUGAAAAUGGCUGUCCGCAGGGCUACUUCGGGAGGUUCUGUCGGAGGAGAUGCAACUGUCCUGGCAACGGCCGCUGCCAUCGCCUGUACGGGGGGUGUCUCUGCGCCCCCGGGCUCUACGGCAAAUUCUGCCACCUGCCAUGUCCAAACUGGACGCACGGCGUGGCGUGCUCUGUGGAGUGUGACUGUGUGCGGGAGAACUCGCUUGGCUGCGAACCCGGCAACGGUACCUGCCUCUGCAGACCUGGUUACCAUGGCGACCAAUGCCUGUCAGAAUGCAACACUGGUUUCUAUGGUAGCGGUUGCCGAGAGCGAUGUCACUGUGCUGACGGUGUGUCAUGUGACCCUAAAACUGGAGAAUGCCAGCAAACGUGCCCACCUGGGUUUCGUGGAGAGAAAUGCCAACUCAGAUGCACUGCAGGGUUCUAUGGACCAGGAUGUGCGUUUCACUGCCCCUGCAGCUCUGAGGCCAGUUGCGAUCCCGUGACAGGGGUGUGUGUGUGUCCAUCAGGGUACACUGGGCACAACUGCUCUACAGGGUGUGCAGCUGGUUUAUGGGGACCUGGCUGCGCCAAUGUCUGUCAAUGUGUCAACAGUGCAGUACCAUGUGACGCCAGCAGUGGGCGCUGCCUCUGUGAGCCUGGAUACACUGGAGAGCAGUGCGAGCAGAGGUGUCCUGAAGGCCAGUAUGGUCUGGAGUGUGAGCGAGUGUGUGAGUGUGUGAACGGAGCAAAGUGUGACCAUGUGAACGGAACCUGCACAUGCACACCAGGCUGGACUGGAACACACUGUGAAAAGAUGUGUGAGCAGGGCAGGUACGGACAGGACUGUUCCGAGGUGUGUGUGUGCUCCGGACCUCGGCAGCUUUGUCACCACAUCACUGGCAAGUGCAUCUGUCAACCUGGUUACUACGGAGACCGCUGCCAACUCAAAUGCAGAGAGGGCACAUAUGGGCUCAACUGCAAGAAGAGAUGCCGAUGUGCCAAUGCUGGACGCUGUGACUUCAGGACCGGCACCUGCUUCUGCCCGCCCGGAUACCUGGGAGCCAAUUGCAGCACCCGCUGUCCGGCAGGUCACUAUGGGAAGGACUGUGUCAAGGUGUGUUUGUGUGGGGAGGGCAGACACUGUCACCCAGUGACUGGGAGGUGUAACUGCGCUCCUGGCCGAACCGGGCAGUCGUGCCAGCAAGUGUGUUCCAGGGGGCGCUAUGGAGCACAGUGUCGUGGUGUGUGUGCAUGUGCAAAUGGAAGCGUGUGUGACCCUGUUGAUGGAGCAUGCAGGUGUGCACUAGGGUGGAUGGGCACACGUUGUGAAGAAGCCUGCAUGUCAGGGCAGUUCGGAGCUAACUGUGAGCUGGAGUGUGUCUGUCAGAAUAACGGGACGUGUGACCGGUUUACUGGGUCCUGCUCCUGUACCGCUGGCUAUUAUGGAUCCAUCUGCCAACACCAAUGCCCUGCUGGUUUUUUUGGCCUGCUCUGCUCCCAGACGUGCGACUGUGCUUCUGGACACACAUGUAAUCACGUGACAGGACAAUGCACGUGCCCUCCAGGUUACCACGGCGACCGCUGUCAAACGCGUUGUGCAGUGGGACAUUUUGGUGUGGGUUGUGUACGACCGUGUAAGUGUGCUGAGGGGGUACCUUGUGAUCCAGCUACUGGCCAAUGCUUCUGCCCCCCAGGAAAGACUGGGAACAACUGUGAAAAAGACUGUGGCGAUGGCUUUUAUGGACCCGGCUGUUCUCUGCAGUGUCUGUGCUCUAAUGGAGGCCAGUGUGACCAACGCAAUGGACGUUGUGUUUGCCCCCUCUCCUGGCUUGGUCACACCUGUGAGGAAGGUGUUUCUGGAAUCUUUAGCCCUGCUGUGCUCUCUGUUUCUUUCCCACUGAAGCAGAGGAGAGAUGUCUGACCAUGUUCGGCUACAGCGGCCAGAGACUCUAAACUUAUACACACUCCAACACACAGUGUUCUUUGUCAGGUGUGUGUGGGGGGCAGGUUAAGUUUUUAAACAUUUUGUAUCAAAACAAGAGGUGAGCCACAGAGGAGCUGAAGUAAACACACACACGCAUGCGUGCACGCACACACACACACACACACUACGAGUUCACUACUGAGCUUCCACUCUGUGUUAGUAUGUGAGAAUGUGUGUGUGAGAAUGUGUAUGUACGCAUGUAUAUAUAUGGGCAUGCAUAUGUAAGAAUGAGUGUGCAUGCAUGUGUGUACGUGUGCGUGUGUGGGUGCAUGCAUCCAUUUCUAUGCAUUCUGAAGCCAAACAUUCCAUGUCAUCCUUCAAACCACAUCAGUCAAACCCUCCCAUACCCACAAAGCCACAAAGUCCAACCAAAAUUCUCUUAUUACAGGACAUGGGAGGGUAGCUUCAACCUUUCAUUUCACCAUAUACCACUAAGCGAAUAAAAACGUUUCUCCAACCUUCCUCAGAAAUACUCCCUCGUUAGCAGACUCACUCGGGUUGCCUUUACACCAGAUAUCCCACAGAGCUCAUCACUGAAAUAACCAGGCUCUCACACAGCCUCCGAUGGUGCCCAUUGUUGUUCAUUUAAUUAACAACACGAAGUAUCAAGCAUGAUAUUACUAUUAUAGCUAUUAUUUUUUUUAAAAUAUAUUUCGCUGUGUCUGGCAGACCAGGCUCGCGUUUUCGGCUCCUCGUGUAUUUCCUGUGAUGUGAUUUCUGUGACAGCACACCCAAAGCGCCCGUGCGCACUGUGUAAAUAUCCAGUUACUUGCCCCAUCCGCCGAGCCGCUCUGUGUAAAUUGUUAAAAGGGAAGUGUCUAGCAGAAUGCGCCUCUUGUAAACGAAACCUCGAGGCGCUCCGAAGAUCAGUGAUUCAGCGACCCUCUCACGCCAAACAGCUCUAAUCCCAACAAAUGAGCCGCCUCGCGCGGCCGUUCCAACGGCGGGACUCGCGUGCUGUAAAAGUGAGACGUGAGGAGCGCUCGCUCUGUCUGCUGUAACGCUUCUGUUUACUUCUAUUUCCCCCUGCUUGUCACGAAACUCAAAUACUGUCACACGGAUCAAACGCUGAAUGUAAUGGUGCUAUAAUGAAGAAUAACGCAGAACUUUGAAUUAAAAUGCUGGUUUUUUUUUUUUUUUUUUUGGGUUUUUUUUUUUCAGAAGUCGGUGUGUGUCCAUUUCUCACGUUUAAGAAAACAAAAACAAACACAAAAAAAAUCGUGAAUAAUUUUAUAAUUAAAUGAAUGUCAGUUUCAAAUGCCAGUUGCAUUUGGAGGUGCAGUGCAGCCGUUCAUUUUUUUUUUUUUUUGGACCGUGGAUUGGUUGUGGUUUGGACUUCGUGCUCUGAUAAAACAGUGACGAUGAGGUUAAAGCGCAGAAUGUCUGCUUUAAAUUGGCACGUAUUUAUUGUCUGUAAUGUGUGAAUUAUGCACCAGCCGGAGCUCUUUGCUGUACGUAGGGGAGGGAAGGUGAGUUAUUGGACAAAUUAAUAGUCUUAAAUAAAUUGUCCCGGUCAGUGCAAGCCCUUGUAACCUAAAGUCAUUAGGAAUGGCUGUCUUCCCUGCAGAUUCUCUGGCAGGCCUGUAACACAGCCACUUUCAUUUGUAGCUUGUUUCUGUCUUUGUUUAAGUCUCUGGUUUGCGGUAUUUUGCUGUAUUUUUUUUGUUUUUUUCAGAAUGUGUCAGGUCAGGUGACUUAUUUUGUGUUGACUGCUCAUUCACUUGAUAAUGCUUGUCUGCUAUGUGAAUUAAUAUAAUUGGA